AUGUCAAAUUUAAAUAGUGGUAGCAGUGUUGAAAUGUUUCCAACGGAACAUCGAGCCGUGCUGGCGCUCAUCGCACAUGCCGCCAAGGAGUGUGUACACACCAAAAGUGGCGGGGAUGUGUUUGACAUCCUCUGCGCAGCUGAACCAUCACUUGCGGAGUUAUAUCCAGAAGUUGCUUUACUGCGAGAAGUUAACAAUAUCCGUCGUGCACUUCGUGAUCUGCAGGAACAUGCAGUAGAGUCACGACCAUCUGUUUACCGUACUAUAUGUGUUUCUUUGGUGCACAUGCACAAAUUACUUCCAGAUCCAUUAUUUCUGUCUAUCGCUGGGGCAAUUGAGAAACUUCAAGAAAUGCAUCAACACUGUAGUGCUAUGGAGCCUUAUUUACUUGAUUUGGUGGAAUACAUUCAAUUGGUAUUAUUGCAAGAAACAAAAUCUCUACAGCGUCGUGGAGUAUCUAUAACGCUACGACUUCGAAAGGUGCCACCAUUCGUUGCGUGA